GAUUGCGAAAUCGAAAUGUCUGUCGUCAUGUCGAGAGGGAAGGCUUAGGGCCUACACAAAAAGUAAACAGAAAACCACAACUUGGCCUAAACCACAUUUGACCGCCAUCGCAGUACAAGCACAGUCCUACGAAUGCUGAGUGUGAUUGCUUUUUCUCCCAAGACUUUCUUUGCCUUUGCUCGUGGUCAUUCAAAGAAAAGAUGACAACUUUAAAAGCAGCCGUUCUUUCCGCAGUCCUGGCCGCCUUUUGGUGGGAGACCACCGGGGCGCCGACCGCAGCCAGUGCCUCAAAGCCCCUUGUAUUGAUCGUGUCUUUCGACGGCUUCCGCUGGGAUUAUCUCACCAAAGUGGACACUCCAAACUUUGACGAACUUGUUGCUUCAGGGGUGAAAGCAAAAUAUAUCAAAGAUGUGUUUAUUACCAAGACGUUUCCAAAUCAUUUUACCUUGGUAACGGGACUAUAUGAAGAGUCCCACGGAGUGACUGGAAAUAGAAUGUUUGAUCCAGCUUUCAACCAGUCAUUUGAAAUGACAAGCACGGACCCCAAGUGGUGGAACGGAGGCGAGCCAGUUUGGAUCGCAAACCAAAAACAAGGAGGCAAAAGUUCCGUUGUGUUAUGGCCCAGCGGGAACGUCAACUUCAGUGGGAUUUUACCCGAUUUUUAUUUCCCAGUGUACAACGUUAGCAUUCCAUUCCGCAAACGCAUUGACGUGAUGGUGGACAACUUUGUGAACGACCAAGUGAAUUUUGGAGCUCUGUAUUUCCAUGAACCUGAUCAUUCUGGCCACCUGUUUGGGCCUGAUUCUCAAGAGAUUUUGCCCAUACUCAAGAUGUGUGAUGAGACGGCAGGUUAUCUUGUUCGUCGACUGAAAGAGAGCGGUUUGUAUGAUCGGAUCCAUGUCAUCAUAACUUCGGACCAUGGGAUGACAACGAUAAGUCCGGACAGAGUUCUUGUGGUCGAAAGCUUUGUGGACCCUAAUAUCCUACCGUAUUUCACCACCAAUAACAAUCCAAUCAUGAGUAUUUGGCCAGAAAAUGAUGAAGAUACUGAAGCGAUCUAUGAUGGAUUCCAUGGCAAGAGCCAACACAUGACAGCCUACCUGAAAGAAGACAUCCCUUCAAGGUAUCAUUACAGCGACAAUCGUCGCAUCUCACCCAUUCUGUUGGUUGCCAAAGAGGGCUGGCAGAUCAUGAGCAACAGAACAGGGUACAUAUCAACGCAUCUAGGGACACACGGCUACAACAACGACCUCAUGUCGAUGCACCCGUUUUUCAUCGCCCAUGGCCCCGCAUUCAAGAAGGGCUUUGUCGCUGAGCCUUUCAGCAGCACCAACGUCUAUACCCUCAUGUGUCAUCUUCUGGGCAUCAACCCCUCACCAAACAACGGCAGCUGGGAGAAUGUCCAAUCGCUGUUGGAGCCCAAGCCAACGCCCACUCCAAGUGGUGUCUCCACACAUGAAGCUGGUGGUGAUUUGCAUACUGGAGGGGGCGGGAGCAGCGGUGGAAGAGGGGGCAUAUCAAAGUUUACCAUAUUUGGUAAGUGAUUUUUCAUAUAUUCGUGUACUUGUAAAUCAACAACUUUAAAGCACAAGCAGUAGUCGCAUAUCGUUCUGAUGAUUGCAGAUUUACAAAGAAUAUGGAAUGAAAAUCAUCGACAUCACAAAUUAAUGAACAUUUGAUCGCAAAAUGAUUUAUUAGAGUAUUCUCAAGUACUAGUGAAAGAAUUUAUUUUAACCUUCCGGAAUUACCGGUAGCUAGCUCUUUUUCUCCAGGAAGAAAUGUAAAUCAUGCAUCUUCUUGAUACACUGUGGUGUACAUGUAGCUAUUUUUUUCUAGCUACCUGGAUGAUUUUUAUUUUUGAUACCAUAUCUCUGCCUCAACUUUGAGAGGAAAAACUUAGGCAUUGGGUCGGCAAUGAAAUUUCAUAUCGGUUAAGGCCAAAUUUUAUUACAUGAUAUGGAUCAACAACAUUUGGAGGACCAGCUCGAUUACCAAAGUUAAACAGUUUGUGUCGAACCCAGCCUACAGUGUUUGAUUCAAGCUAAAAUUGAUCAAUCACUUGCAGCUUUGGAAUAGGAAUUUGCAAUACUGUGUUUAUCUGUACAGGUUCAAUUCAUACCAUGUAUUAAAAAAAAAAAAAUUAUAUUCAAAAUCAAAUAAAUACUAAAUUCGACCUACAUUUUGAAAUUUGAUUUUUUUCAUGCCAUCUGUGUUUUUUUUACACUCGGCCUUGGGAUAAAUGAGGAAAUUGAAAAUCAUUCCAACUUUUGAUAUGUAAACAUGGUAAUUUUAAUACUAAUGUUCUCCUUUAUGCCAUGUAAUAAACAAUUGGUAGCCUACAUGUACACACUGAUUUUACAUGCAAGUAAAAACCUCCAAAAUGUACAAAUUACACUAUUAAUCUACAAACACAAAAUGAAUGGAGUUUUGGCCAAGUCUUAAAUGGUCAUUCAUUCUUCAUCUAGGCUUUCUUGCCUUUGUGCAUCCCACAUUUUGAGGAACUACACAUUCGUUUUAAAAAAAUUGAAGGCUUUUACUUCCCUCCAGCCAUUUACGUUGAAUUCCUUGUCUCGUCAGGGGAAGUGUGGGCUAUUGAGAUGAUAAUCUUAUGAGCUGUGGUUUCUGUGGAUGAAACCGAAUUAGAGUGCUGGGUGAAAGUAUAGUGUAGUUAAAACUAGAUUGUACAUGUUCCAGCAACUGUGAUACUGAGUGCAUGGACAGUAUAAUUUUGACAUAUAUCUUUUGUUGUUAAAUAGGAUAUUAGAGGGUACUGGUAGCAAUUUGGAAAUUUGUUCCAUGUGAAGAUGAGGUUGAAGCUAGACACUUUGCAAUUGAUGCAGGAGUUGUGAAAACAUUGCUUUUAAUACUGUUGAAGUUAUUUAUAUAUUUUAAUAGCUAAAUGUUGCCACAUGUAAAAGUAUUGUCUUAUCUUUAUCUCUAGAGAGACAAGAGUCACAAGAAAAAACUAAUUUUCCCUCAAGACUAAAAUAUGUAUAUACAGGUACAUGUACAUGUAGUUGCAAUUAAACAGAAUUUAAGAAAAAUAUUGUACACACAGGUGAACUAUGCAUCGUAUAGAGGGAUAAAGGGGCCGCAAUAGACAGGUCUGCAUAGUAACAUCAAGUAUGUAUAUGAUGAUUCAUUUUAGAUUUCAGUGUCAUGCACGUAUGCCUAGGUAUUAUUCAUCAAAACCCAUGAAAAUCUGAAUGAUUUCUAAUAAUUGCCAGAUCUAUAGAAAAAUGUGUUGUACAGUACUUGGUGAAUUGUCGUAAAAUCAAUAUCAAAAUUGAGAUUUUUAUAUUGAUGCUCCUGGUGCUAGGAAUUGAAUUACCCCCAAACAUUCCUGCAUGUACUGGUGUACAAAUGGGAAUUCCAUGAAUGGGGGGGGGGGCAUGAUAGGAAUCCAGUAUCCUGUUUAAAAUCUCUCACAACAUUUUGUUGAGUUUACAAAAGGUAUUGAGUUUUUGCUGCCUUGCUUUGCUCGCUCACAGCUAUUGGAACCCCUCCUUGUAUACAUGUAUUCUCUCCCCCCCCCUCAAAGUCUUGACUCAUUAUACAUGUAUGGUACACUGCCAAUGCGUAAACCUUAUAUCUCCAGCCCCUCGAAAUAUUGGGAAAAUGACGAUUUAUAGUAAGUACUUUAUAAUGCAAAGCAAACAAUCCGAUAUAUCUUUUUAAAUUCCUGGCUGGCUGAUCUAUUCUCUAAUGGCUAUUCAUGCUAUUGGGUUUUCUUAUCUAAAUUCUAGAAAAUUAUUGAAAUGAUACCAUUGAUUUUAAUUAUUUUUUUAAUGGUUAUACUACAUGUACCUACAUGUAACAUGGUUCAAAAAUUGUAUGCAGAACGUGAUAUGUUAAAAGCAAUCACCAUUAUCUCCACCUAGUUAAAUUAAUUGCCUGUUUCCAUGACAAUACUUCUAGUCUGCAGAGUCAGGCCCUAAAUGAUGAUUUUAUCAUUUAAUAC